GGCUCGCAGUUCGCAGCCACUCUGUGUUACUUCCAUGGCCAAAGUAUCAGCAACAACGACGCAGCAGGUGAACGACUCCAGCGGCAUCCAGUACCAAUGCAGCAACUGCAGUACCGGGCACCGCAGGGACCUUCCCGCCUGUCCGGUCCAAGGGGACCACGAGACUUUGGAAGCUUACCUUCAGCAGGUACAGGCAUUCACAGAUGCCAUCGCCGCAGCAAAAGCACAGCAAGAGGGCAGCAGAACCAGAACGUCAGCGGUUGGCCCUAGAGGCGGAAGCCCAAGAUCAGCGAACUGCUGAGGCUGACGCAAUGGCUCGAGACAAGCGGAAUGCCGCCAUCACUGAGUCCCUGAUUCAGAACGAGAUUCAGUGGACAACACUCCUCCAAGGCAUGAUCUUUGUGCCUACGGACGAGCAAGCGAACCCGAUACCGGCGGAGGCAGAAAGGAGUAACCUGGCUAACUUGAUGCUGGGCAUGAUGAGGGCGGUGAUGUGGAAUAACACAAUGCUGCAGGCACACCUUCUCGAGGACAGACCACUCAGACAAAAGCAGCAGCAAGAUAUUGUCGCCUUAACAGCUGCCGUCCGCGCCGCAACAACACAGCAGCAGCAACAGCACCAGCUGUUGAACACCACUAUCACACGCGUCAACAGCAUCGAGGCUAAGGCCUCAGCAGCGCCAGGCUGCACGACAGACAUAGCGAAGCAGCUUGGGGAGCGCAUCGACCAUGUCGUCCAUAUUAUCGGCAAUCUAGGGGACUUUACCAGCCCGACCACGAUCAGCAGCUCGGUGGCCGCCAUCAAGACGGACAUCACCAAACUGCAGUCACGACCGGGAGCCGCUACGAAGGUAUACAAGAUGCCACGUUUCAACAUCAACAAGUUUGACGACUACAACAAGACGGACGCGUUGACAUGGUGGCAAGCCUUCCUCACCGAAGCAUCCUGCCACUACGUACCGCCCGCGGAUAUGAUGAAAGCGCUCUACCUCCAACUCAUUGGAGGAGCACAGGCAUGGAUGAACCACACCGCGACCAAUCUGGGAUGUACCAUCGCCCAACUGCACAAAGACAUUACGUGGGAGCAGUUCGAGCAAAUGUGGACCACUCGAUUCAUGAUCCGCAACGUUGUAAAGGCGGCCAUGAACGAGGUCUACUCCAGCUCGCAAGGGAACAUGCCAACUCGAGACUGGACGAUCAAGUAGCAGAAGAUAGUAACCACUCCGGGCUUCGACUUAAGUUUCCCAAACCAACGAUCCGAAUUCUUUUCGCGAUCGUGCGCACGACUAUGGUCGGCACUUGGCAACGAGUACGACUAUGCCUCAUUCCAGGCCAUUCUGGAUCGAGCGAACCUGGUCAUCCAAACGGAUGAGAAGGCCGCCAACGAACGGCAGUCCCAACCGCAAUAUGUGGCUAAGCAAGGCUACCAACGGCUGGCGCAUAACAAUGCAGUGAUUCCUGACGAAUCAAUCGAUCUCCACGCU